AUGUUCUCCAAAAUCGUCUUCUCCAACGCUGUGAAGGAACUCAGGUUUCAUCUUUCGCAAUCUGGUCCUGAAAGCGUCACCUUAAAACAGUUUUUAACCAAAAACUAUUCGGCAAUUAAAUCAAACAAUCCUCAAGUGCCUUUGCUUGUCAGAGAAGCCCAUGGUGUUUCCCCAGCUUUAUAUGCUAGAUUUGACUACGGUAGAGAAUCGAAAUUCGAAUUGGAAGGUAAAGACUUGAAUCAAAUUAACGAUAUCUUAAAGACUUUCGCUGAGUAG